GAAGGAGCCACCAAUCCAACUGUGAUCGAAAACGAGACUUUGACUCUAACAUGCAACAGUACCAACGGCAACGACUCAUUUUUUGCCUGGCUUCGUGAAAACAGUGAAUCCCCCCUUCGGAUAUUAAAAUAACAAAGCCGUCGUCGUCUAUUGCAUCGUUUGUGAAAACAAAAUAUUUACAUUUACUUGCACGGUUACUCGCACGAUUCCUGAGGCCGAUGUGGCAUGGUUUUACAGCAAUCGAACAAUAGACGACACUGCAAUUCAUCAGUCUGUCAGCACUAUUUCCCAGUUAUACCCGGACAAAACGUUUGCCACGACAUCUAUGCUGUCACUUUUUGGUGACAAGUUCAAUGAGAGAAGGGAUCAUAUACUGCACAGCCAAUGCAGGUGAUGGAUCUACUGUGUUUAAGUCCAGAAUGGUUACGUUGGACAUCUGGUACAAGCCAAGAAAAUCGCCUUACUUUCAAAAUAGUGACGAGUUAGUGCGGGUGUCUGGUGCCACUGCAAUAUUCCGUAUGGCCAUAGUGGCCUAUCCAGUACCAAGUCCUGAUGACUUUGUUUGGGAGAUGUACACUGAAUCCUCAUGGACGGUGAUAGAAAGCACUCCGGAACGCCAAAUACUCGUUAUGGAUGGUCUUGAAACUUAUGUUAUCAUUUAUCGUGUUUCUGAUUCGGACUACGGUCUUUAUCGAGUUACUGUUUCCAACGAAAUUGGAACACUGCAUUGGAACUUCAAAUUACUACUUCCACAGACGCCCACUUCUCCUUUGACAUUAUGGGUUAUCAACAAAACAGUUCGUCGUGAAACCCCAGUGCCUCGAGAAAAGAGUAAAAUCUCUUCUAGGUAUAACUUGCACCCUGUUGCAUCUCAUGGUCCACAAGCGAAUACUAAAUCGACAACAGAUAAUAAUUUGAAGAAAGACGCAAACAACUCUGACUUUUUGGAAAUGGAUUUCUAUGCCAAACAAGUUAAAAGGCCCCCGAAAACAACAGAGGAAGAUGCAGAGCGGAAGACUGAAAAAGCUACAGCGCUAUCGUAUCAUACUUAAAAUGUGUCAUUUACAGCAUUGAGAUAAACAGUUCAGAGGAAGACGAUAGCAACACGAAGACCAGUGACAAAGCAUCUUAUCUCAAUUUUAAUGUGGCCUUAUGAAUAAUAAAGACACAUGAGUUUCAAUAAAAAUGUGAUAAUUACUUCAAAUUACUGUUUAAAUGUACAGGAAAAUUAACUAUGCU